GCAAUAUGCUGGGUGACGUCAACAUCUCCGCGAUAUUGGACUCGUUCUCCGUCAGUUACGAUAAAAGAGUAAGGCCGAACUACGGAGGUCCACCAGUGGAGGUCGGCGUCACCAUGUACGUCCUCAGCAUCAGCUCCGUGUCCGAAGUGUUGAUGGACUUCACGCUGGAUUUCUACUUCCGGCAAUUCUGGACGGACCCGAGGCUCGCGUUCAAGCCGCGGACGGGCGUCGAGACGCUGAGCGUCGGCUCGGAGUUCAUCAAGAACAUCUGGGUGCCCGACACCUUCUUCGUCAACGAGAAGCAGUCGUACUUUCACAUCGCCACCACCAGCAACGAGUUCAUUCGUAUUCAUCACUCGGGAAGCAUCACGCGUAGUAUACGUUUAACGAUCACAGCAUCGUGUCCAAUGAACCUGCAGUACUUUCCAAUGGACCGACAGCUCUGCCAUAUCGAGAUCGAGAGCUUUGGAUACACAAUGCGCGAUAUUCGGUACAAAUGGAACGCCGGCCUACAGUCGGUCGGCAUCUCGAACGAGGUGGAACUUCCGCAGUUUCGCGUGCUCGGUCACAGGCAACGACAUUCAACCAUACACCUAUCUACAGUCGGAUACACCAUGAGGGACAUCCGGUACAAGUGGAACGAGGGCCCGAACAGCGUCGGUGUCAGCAACGAGGUCUCCCUCCCUCAGUUCAAGGUCCUUGGUCACCGUCAACGAGCCAUGGAGAUUAGUCUGACUACCGGAAAUUAUUCGCGGCUGGCCUGCGAGAUCCAGUUCGUACGGUCGAUGGGCUACUACCUGAUUCAAAUCUACAUUCCCUCGGGGUUGAUCGUCAUAAUAUCAUGGGUGAGCUUUUGGCUGAACCGAAACGCGACCCCCGCUCGGGUGGCCCUCGGAGUAACCACUGUGCUCACCAUGACGACCCUAAUGUCCUCGACGAACGCGGCGUUACCAAAAAUCUCCUACGUGAAGUCCAUCGACGUCUAUUUGGGAACCUGUUUCGUCAUGGUGUUCGCCUCUUUGCUCGAAUACGCGACGGUGGGCUACAUGGCAAAGAGGAUCCAAAUGAGGAAGAAUCGCUUCCAAAAAAUCGCGGAGAGUAUGAAGGCGGCGAGAGAGAAUCCAGGACCGCCCGGAGUGCCCGGUGAUCACGGAGACCACGCGCCUAAGCAAACUGAGGUGCGGUUCAAGGUACACGACCCAAAGGCACACAGCAAAGGUGGAACACUCGAGAACACCAUAAACGGACGAGCCGACGAGGAGGCAGCGCCCGCACCGCAACAUCUCAUUCAUCCUGGCAAAGAUAUCAGCAAACUUUACGGUGUCACGCCGUCGGAUAUCGAUAAGUACUCCCGCAUCGUGUUCCCGGUGUGCUUCGUCUGUUUCAACUUGAUGUAUUGGAUCAUCUACCUGCACAUCAGCGACGUCGUGGCGGACGAUCUAGUGUUGCUCGAAGAGGCGAAGUAAAACCUAGAAACGGAACGGUGCGCGCGUACCAAACAGGACGUGCGUUCAAAGACAGAGACGAAAGUAUUAAUUAAAACAAGAAGCAAGCGAAACACAAAACGAAAAAAACAAAAGAAAAAGAACAUAACGAAAAACAGAAGAGAAGAAUAGAGGAGGGAAAAAGGGAACUAAGGGUGGUGGGGCAGACGGUGAGAUCAGUUCGCGAGAUGGAGACAGGAGAAAGCAGAGAAAUCAGAGAUUAAUGUUCCGCAAAGGGGAACGGACUAAAAAAUAACGCUGUGAUUAUUAUCGAGACGAAAGCAGGUAAAAGAAUUGUAUAAAUUAAACUUGGAGAAUCGAUGGUUAAUUGUAACGAAACGAGAAAAGGAAAGAAGAAGAAAAUAAAAGUGACGUAUCGAGGAUAGAAGCGAAUCGUCGAUUCAGUUCACGAUAUAGAAAGUGUCAGACUAAAGAAAACUUCGCCGGAGGCCCGAGAAACGAGCUGCACUUCGAUUAGGAGGUAGAAAGAACAAAACGGUCGUCGAGAUCGAUCGCACGACUAAAAAAAUCGCGCGCUGUGACUUAACUUCGUGACACCCCAACCGUAAACGCAAUUCCGAUCGUAAAAUUCCCCUGCGAAGUGAUAUCUUCGAUUCCGACGAUUUCCCCAAACUCGCUGACUGUCCCCGUGGAUACGUUCGAUCGCAAUUCGGACUAGUGGCGUCCGCGGGCAUCAUGAAAUCGAAGUAACGGGAUCCACCGAACGGCGCAUUCCACGAACGUGCAUACCUUAAAAACAUUGCCAGAGUCUAGGUAACGUAGCUCUUAAACAAAAAAUGAAGGAAAGGGAGAGAGGGAGAAAGUGAGAGUGAGCGAGUGUGCGUGCGUGUGCAUGCGUGUGCGUGCGUGCGUGCGUGUAUAUGUGUGAGAGAGAAGGGCAAGAAAGAGAGAAAGAGAGUGAGGGGGAGAUAAAGAAAGAGAGUGAGGGCGAGAGAGAGAAAGAGUGUGAGGAGGAGAGAGAGAGAAAGAGAGAGAGAGAAAGGGAUACCUUCGAUAUAAACACUUGUCAAUUUAGCUACCAUUAUAUACAUACAUAAAUAUAAAUAAAUAGUAACG